GAAAACGCAGGGAGCAUGCUAAAGACCUGCAGCUAUUUGCCUUGUACAAUUCGCUCAUUUCUCUUUAUUUCUCUGUUUUCCUGCACUGAUCACUUAAAGGACAAUCUCUCUUGCAAACAAAAUCCCCGGAGCCUGAUUAGAGGGACUGAAGGCUCCCAGACACGGAUUGCCUGCCAGCCACAGCACGGAGGCGCUGCGGCCCGGCCCGCGGGAGGCGGGGCGCGCGCACGUCCCCCGGCCGGCCGCCCCCCCCCCCCCCCCGCCAUGGGUCGGAAGCGCUGCGUGGGGGGAGACGGCUCCAAGAUGGCGGCGGGCUGCUGCGGGGUGAAGAAGCAGAAACUCUCCAGCUCCCCUCCCUCGGGCUCCGCCGGCCCGGGAGGUGGCGGCUCCCGCUGCGGCGGGGCGGCGGCGGCGGGGGGAGGAGGCGACCCCGGGGCGCCGGCCGCGGGACCCCGGCUGAACGGGCUCGGGGCGCUGGCGGGGGGCGGCUGCGCCCUCUCGCCGCCGCCCGGUUGCGGGGGGGGCCCCGCCGGCCUGUCCCCGCCGGCCGCCUCGCUGCUGUCCUCCUCGCCCGGGCCCGGCUGCAGGAAGAUGGUGGUGUCGGCCGAGAUGUGCUGCUUCUGCUUCGACGUGCUCUACUGUCACCUCUACGGCUACCAGCCCCCGCGGAGCCCCCGCUUCACCAACGACCCUUACCCACUGUUUGUAACGUGGAAGAUCGGUCGAGAUAAACGAUUGCGUGGGUGCAUAGGUACUUUUUCCGCCAUGAACCUGCAUUCAGGACUCAGGGAGUACACACUUACUAGUGCCCUUAAAGAUAGUCGUUUCCCCCCAAUGACGAGGGAUGAGCUACCACGGCUUUUCUGCUCAGUGUCUCUACUCACUAACUUUGAAGAUGUAUGUGACUACAUGGACUGGGAGGUGGGUGUACAUGGCAUUAGAAUAGAGUUCAUCAACGAAAAAGGAUCAAAACGCACCGCCACCUACUUACCGGAGGUUGCAAAGGAGCAAGGAUGGGACCACAUUCAAACCAUAGAUUCCUUAUUGAGGAAAGGAGGCUACAAAGCUCCGAUUACUAAUGAAUUCAGGAAAACAAUAAAGUUAACCAGGUAUCGUAGUGAGAAGAUGACGAUGAGCUACACAGAGUACCUUGCCCAUCGUCAGCAUCAUCACUUCCAAAAUGGUAUUGGGCACCCUCUUCCACCAUACAACCAUUAUUCCUGACACUGAGCCGCAUGACCAGUCACUGGACCUCUCUGCAGACCUCUUCCCAGGAGACCCUGCCCCUUCUUGGUCUAGCUAUCUCUAUUACUGUACCAUUUUAUGAUGAUAGUUUCCGUUGCCGUGUUGAGGCUGCUUAGCUGGUUAAGCUCAUCACGGCAACGGGAGGGAAACCUGCAUUGCUACCAAGAUCCCAUACUUUUUUUAUUAUUGAGUCACUGCAGAUUUUUUUGCAGCAUAUAUAUCCCUUGGGUUUUUUACGGAAUUUUAAAUUUCUACUUCAUUAACAUUGAAUUAUAUCAAUCAAGGCUUUCUGUGACUGUGGAUGGAAGGAAGAGUUUAAGGAUUACAAUUAGGGAUGCUUUGCUUAGCAAAAAGGCAUUCAUGGCUUUUGCAUUAAUAGAUGUGACAGGGAAUGAAACAUAUCCGAUUCAGGUAUUAUACUAGACAAUGAGUUGCAUUUUCGUAGCGUUCUUACUAAUGUUGCGCGUACAAUAUCUCACCCACACAGGAGAGAUUCCACGUAGCGCUGUACGUGAUCUUCAGGUCCAGCACACGCAGCCAGAGCGUCAAGGCUGCCGUACUAAAUGCUUUUUCGGACGAGGAGAAGCAAUUGCACGUACAGUGUGAGGUGAUGUUAGUUAGCAUGGCUGCAUUUUCAGAAGCGAGUGGUCCAAAUGAUAGGGCGUGACAUCAUCCAGUAGGCUACCGGAUACCUCCAGCCCCCGUCCCGUGUUGGGAAUCGAGGGCGAUCCACCCCCGUCAAGGCGAGUCACAGUAAUGCAACUGUAAUGAAACGAUGCCUUUCUGAUAAUCUCGAAUUAGGAGUGACGUUUGAUCUUGAAAACAGAUUGGUGAGUAGCAGAUGUCAUAUUAGGAAGAAAAUGGAUUUAGAUUUUAGUGCCUUUGACUAUGACAUAACUAUAUACUUAUAUAUAAAAUUCAUAGAAAAAAAUAUAGCAAACACGCCAGACGUUCUAGCAAACGAGACUGAGUCUGCUCUGGCAUCGGGUUUGGGGGGAUUUUUUUUAAAUGAGGUGUUCUUUUUUUUUAUAGGAAACGUAUUUUGGAAAAGAAAAAUCCCUUUUUUGUUCUUUCUUCUGCUCUUGAACUUGUUGAGUUCUAUCAAGUCAUGAAUAGUUUGAUAAAGUUAACUAUUGUUUAAAAAAAGACUGUUGAGAAAGAGCACAGGACAAUUAUGCCAUAACUUUACAUGUUUUCAUCUAUUACAGGAAUAGUACUUAGAGCUGUAAGUACUGUGUAAUAAUUCUGAUACCUCUUGACACAGUAGAAGAAAGAAAACCGAUUGGAACUUUUUCCUGCUGUAAAAAUAGGAUUUAGUAAAAGGUAUGCGUGGUGUGUUUGCGAGCCCGGUACAUGGAGGGAGUGAGCUCCUUGCUCAUGUGCCUGCAGAACUCCCACUAAUACCUGCUGUAGUUCCAUGUGUGUUCCAGGGGACAAUACAUGCUGUUUGUUAUAGAAAAGACCUUCCUAAUAUGAGUGAGCGUGCCACAGUAAGCAGAAAUUCCACUUAUUUUGAAUAAUGAAUGUAAAGAUAUAUAUAAAAAAAUUCAAAUAGAUAAAAUCAAUUAAAAUUCAAUUGUUAGUAAAAAUCAGGCUAAUGGCAAAGAUGUUUCAAUAGGGUUUCAAACCCAGAUGUGGAUAAAUUAUGCUCAUCCCUUGUAUGAGGUUAGCUUUGCCACUUAAUUUCUCUGAAGGUUCUUGUAGAAGGUCUUUGGUUUUCCUUCAUCCACAGCAUUUGAUGUCCAAAUAUUGAGCAUUUUCAGUUGUGAUGCCUUAAUUUAUAAAAGCAGAGGGCCUGAAAUUUCAGGAGCCAAGAGAUGCCGGCCAGAAGCUGCAAAAAUGAAUAGAUGUUUAUACAGAGGCUAUUUUGGAUGAUACUGUUGUCUUGUUUCUACUUGGGGAACACUUUUAAACGGAUUCAUUGUCAAGCGGAAAUGGUGAACAAGUGGCUACCUGACAGAGUUGUGUUGGUUGUUUUCUUGCCCUUAUAGGGAAACUGAGCACAAACCAAAUCAUUCUGCUGCAAAAAAAAAAAAUAGUCAUCGGACCCCCUCGUUAGCCGUCAUCUCGUUCCAGCGCGCUCGUGCUGCGCUGUGAGCUCAUCGUUAGAAGUUUUUUAAAAAGCUCUAUUAUAUAUAAAAUAUAUAUGUAUUGAAAGGUGCUAAUCAACCUCAAGCAGGUCACGUGACUGGUCAUGCGGAUCUAAAAUCAUAUCAGAUUUUUUAAAGAAAAACCUUCGAUAUAUGCAGAUGUUAUACAGAAUUUCUUACCAGUGUAAUAAUGAUAUACUGAUGAAUAAAUAAUCCUGCGGGCUUUUAAGGACAAGGUCAGCAAUACUUCCCACCAUGGCUUGGGGGGGAAAAGGAUAGUUUUGUCUCCUUUUUGUAUACAGCAUAAUGCACAACGCAUUUUUGUCUAUCUCGUAGUAGCUGUUGCUUAAAAAUAUAGUUCAAAGGGUGUUAUACAAACCAUAAAGGUGUGCUUCUGAAAUGAGUCAGUGCCAGACCCUUCCGGCCCAGGGUUUCGUAUCACUGAUUAAAAAGCUGUUACGGAGUCUGUGGUCAAUCCGACUGUGUGAUAUUCUGUUAAAAAGACUGGACUGCUCAGUCCAUCUGCAGUGUUUCUAGGGCACCUACCUCCUCAGCACGCGAGUGCUGAAAACGCUACGGAUUGUCUGCGUGCUCGUGGGUCACUCGGACAGAGCGUGCAGCUCACUGUGACGCGCUGGGACAGAACAGGUCUGUGAGCUUAAAGCCUCUCAACAAUCACUUGCACAAACGUCGUUUCCCCCCAUGGUUACGUUCAGUGCCCUUUUAGAGAUAUUGUUGGGUGCAAAUACAGAUCUCGAAAUCUUACUUUUUUUGAUGUGGGGUACUUUAUAAGAAGUUAAGGUACAACCAAGAAACCAUUUUCACUGUUUAAGUUGGAAUGCUAAUUUUAUAUAAGCGUUACUCAAUUUGCCUUAUUCCAUUAAAGAGAUUGUUGGGGGUGAAAUUCUUUCGCUCAAUGUUCCUAAACCCCCCUGUUCUGUAAACUGAGUGUGACGGCAAAAGUCAGACUCGGCGUGAAACUCUCAGUCAGCCGUGCUUCAAGUGGCCUCCCUCGCGCCUGGACGCUGCAGUGCUGGUGGCAGGGAGGGCGGCCGGCAGCUCAGACCUCAGCUCGCCGUCACCGCGAGGCGGCCCGAGCCCUCUGCACACCUCAGCGUUUGUGUACGGACCUCUUGACUUGUCUUCAAAUGUGCGGGUUUAUGAAAUUGUCGUCUGGAGUAGGUUACAUCUCUUCUGUGUGUUAGAUCGAACCAAAGACGCCUCCAGCCAUGCCCAGAUGCUGCUCCUAAAGCCUGCCUUCCCGUCCUUACAAAAGCCCUGCAGGAUUAAAAUGUGUUAACUUUUUUAUUUUUGUACAGUUUCUAACUGAUUUUUGCUAGUGAUGUUAAUUGAAUUAAGUUUAUUUGGGGAGUCUGAAUAUCUCCUCUAUUGAAAUAAACUGGUGACUUUCCUUUUAUGUUUAAAAAAAAAACAAAAAAAAAAAUGUUAAAAAAAAAAAAAAAGGAGAAACCCGCGUGUGCCUCUCAGAUUUAAGGGUUUCCGGUUACAUUUAUUCUUAAGACCAGCAAUGAUUCUUUAUAUACAAAGAUAUGUUUUCCUCGUUUUUUAUUACUGUUAAAGAAAAAAUAAAAAAUAAAAACCUCUUUCUUUGCUCUGGAGCCAGUGAUUGCGCUGGUACAGAAACGCACUGAGAAAACAAACUUUUGUUUGAAACUUUUGUAACAACUUAUGACUGUUUUUGUAUAUCAAAGUUGAUUCUUUUCAAGAUAUUUGGAUCUAGUUUCUAAGUUAUUUUAGUGUUUUAUAUGUUACAAAAAAAAUUUUACUUUAAACCGUUCACCAGCAUUUUGAGUUAUCUUUAAUGCGACGGUGACGCAGCGGGUGCGGAGCUACCUGGAGUAGCUCGUACGGCCUCCGUCUUUUCCUUCCUUCCUUAGUAACUUGAUUGAUUACAAUAAUAUCACAGAUUACCUGAACCCCCUUCCUUUAUGACUAGAUCCUCCUUCCUUCCACAUUUAAUUGCUAUUAGUGUGAAGAAACUGUUGAAAUGGGCAUUUAAUAUAAGUACGGCUUAAAAAGAGAAAAAUGAGGAAAAAGAAAAAAAAAAUAGAAGGUUCUCUGUGGGUCUGUGAGAUAAUGGCUGUGGAAAGAUAUUGUAGUAGUUCUAACACUAUUGUUAUUACCUUUUCAAUCAUUUACCCAAUAAAAUAAGGAAAAAGAAUCACCAU